AUGAAGGGUCUGGAGCACUGGCUGGCUGCCCUUCUGCUGCUGCUUUAUGCUAUUUCCUUCUUGGGCGACAUCCUAAUCCUCUAUAUCAUCAAGGAAGAGCAGAGCUUGCAUCAGCCAAUAUACUACUUCUUGUCUCUUUUGUCUGUUAAUGACCUGGGUGUGUCAUUUUCUACACUGCCUACUGUACUGGUUACUGUGUGUUUUCAUGCCCCAGAGAUGACUUUUGAUGCCUGCCUGGCCCAGAUGUUCUUCAUCCACUUUUUCUCCUGGACAGAGUCUGGCAUCCUACUGUCCAUGAGUUUUGACCGCUACGUGGACAUCUGUAACCCGCUGCGCUAUUCCACAGUGCUCACUGAUGCCCGUGUGGUGCAUAUGGGCAUGUUCAUUAUUGUCCGCAGUUUCUGCAUGGUUUUCCCACUGCCUUUCCUGCUGAAGAGAUUAUCUUUCUGCAAGGCCAACGUACUCUCCCAUGCCUACUGUCUGCAUCCAGAUCUGAUCCGCCUGCCCUGUGGUGACAUCAUCACCGUCAGUUAUAUCUAUGGUCUAUUCAUUGUUAUAUUUUCCUUUGGCCUGGAUUCUGCUCUCAUUCUCCUCUCCUAUGUGCUCAUACUCCGCUCUGUACUUGCCAUCGCCUCCUGGGAGGAGCGAUUAAAGACUCUUAACACCCGUGUGUCACACAUGUGUGCUGUGCUCACCUUUUAUGUGCCCAUGGUGUGUGUGUCCAUGGCUGCUCGGUAUGGGAGGCAUGCCCCAUGGUAUGUACACACACUCAUGUCCCUUAUCUAUCUCUUUGUGCCUACAAUGCUCAACCCUGUCAUCUAUUCCAUUAAAACCAAACAGAUUCGUCAAAGGAUUUGCAAAAUACUACUGGCAACCAGGAUUUGA